UGGAGUCUGACUCCAAGUUCGGAUUCAUCAUCAUGGACGGUAAUGGUUCGUUGUAUGGUACCGUCUCGGGUAACACCCGUGAGGUUUUGCACAAAUUCUCUGUCGAUUUGCCCAAGAAGCACGGUCGUGGUGGACAAUCUGCGCUUCGUUUCUCGCGUUUGAGAGAGGAGGCUCGUCACAACUACGUUCGUAAAGUCGGAGAAAUCGCCGUGCAGAUGUUUAUUUCCAACGACAAGGUUAACGUCAAUGGUAUUAUUCUCGCCGGUUCCGCCGAUUUCAAGAAUGUUCUUCAGGCUUCUGACUUGCUCGACGGGCGUUUGUUGGCCAAGGUCAUCAAGGUCGUCGAUGUCUCGUACGGUGGCGAGAACGGCUUCAACCAGGCUAUCGAGUUAUCCGCCGAGACCCUCUCCAACGUCAAGUUCAUCCAGGAGAAGAAGCUCAUCCAGAAGUACUUCGACGAAGUCUCCCAAGACACCGGCAAAUACUGUUACGGAGUCGACGACACCCUCAAAGGUCUCGAACUCGGCGCCAUCGAAACCCUCAUCGUCUGGGAAAACCUCGACGUCACUCGCUACGUCCUCAAAGACUCCUCCGGCGCCGAAAUCACCCUUCACUACACCAAAGAACAAGCCGCCGCCAACAAAGAAUCCUUCCUCGACAAGGACUCCGGACAAGAAAUGACCAUCGUCACCCAAGAAUCCCUCCUCGAGUGGCUCUCGGUCAAAUACAAGGACUUUGGCGCAAACUUGGAGUUUGUUACGGAUCGGUCGCAGGAGGGUGCGCAGUUUUGUAGGGGUUUCGGUGCGAUUGGGGGGUUGUUGAGGUAUAAGGUUAAUUUUGAGCAGUUGCAGGAUGAUGAUGAGGAUGAGUAUUGGUCUGAUUAGGGGGGGUGGUACCCCUCUCUGUGUUUUUCCUGUGAGGGGGGGUGCGCGAACCGGACUCGCUGUUUCUAUGGUCCGAGGGCGCUGCCUCUGCCUGUUUUUGCCCAGGGUUUUGGUGUAGGGCUGGAGCUUUUGUUGGAUGUCUCGCGUUGAACGUGAGAUGUGACUGUGUGGUUUUCAUUUGGUUCUUGGCCUGGCUUGUCGUUU